AUGAGGCAGAGUCUCCAACCCAGCAGGUGGCCCCAGCUCAGUUUCCAGUCCUCCAGGAGUCCCCAGCUAUAUCCCCUGAGCCCCCUAAAGAGGUGGAACCUUCUCCCACACCUCAAGAGGCCCCAGCUCAGCCUUCAGAGCCCGCAGGCUCCAACUCAACCUCCGGAGCCCUCUAAGGAGGCAGAAACUCCUCCAGCCCAGCAGGAGGCCCCAGUUCAGCCUCCAGAGCCACCUGAGGAGGUUGUAGCACAACCUCCAGUCCAUAAUGAGGUGACAGUUCCACCUCUAGGACAAGAGCAAGCUCAGCAUCCAAACUUGCCCAAUGUUACUGUUCAGCCUGCUGACCUGGAGCUUACUGUAACUCCAGAACCUACUGUGGAGACUGAGCAUUCUACACAUGCCAGCAGACUAUAGCUCCUCCAGAGGGACACUGAGGUGACACCUCCACAUCCAGAGCAGGUCCAGGCUCAGCAUCCAAAUUUGACUGAAGUCAGAGUUCAGCCUUUAGACCUGGAACUGACCAUAACUCCAGAACCCACUACAGAGGUUGAAACUUCAACCACGCAAGAGAUCCCAGGUCACCCUUCAGAGCCACCUAAGGAGGUUGUGGUUCAGCCUCCACUGUUUCAGGAGGUGACAGUUCCAACUCCAGGUCUGGAUCAAGCUAGUCAUCCAUUGUCACCUAAUGUAACAGUUCAGCCUUGGGACCUAGAGCUUACCAUAACUCCAGAACCCACUAUGGAGGUUAAAGCUUCUACAGCCCUGAAGAAAACUACAGCUCCUCCAAAGGACCUUGAGGUAACAUUUGCACAUCUAGAGCAGGUUCAGGUUCAGCAUUCAACCUUGAAUAAGGCCAAAAGUCCACAGACCCCAGAUCAGCCUCCAGAGCCGCCUAAGGAACUUGUAGCUCAACCUCCAGUAUAUCAAGAGGCAGCAGUUCCAACACCAGAUCGGGAUCAAGCUCAGCGUCUGUGGUUGCCGAAUGUAACAGUUCAGCCUUUGGACUUGGUGCUUGCUGUAACUACAGAACCCACUACGGAUGUUAAACAUCCCUCAGCCCUGCAGCAGACUACCGCUCCUCCAGAGGACCUUGAGGUGACAUUUCCACAUUCAGAGCACAUUCAGCAUCCAACCUUAACUAAAGUCACAGUUAAACCUUUGGACCCAGGGCUUACCAUAACUCCAGAAUCCACUACAGAGACUGAACCUUCUCUAACCAUGCAAGAGACCCCAACCCUGCCUCAGCCUCCAGAGCCACCUAAGGAGGUUGUUCAGUAUCCAUCCCAACAGGAAGUGACAGUUCCAACUCCAAAUAAGGAGAAUGAUGGAAGUUGA